CAACUACCGACAAAAAAGUCCGCCUCCUUCUUCUUCUGCUGCUGCGCCUGGCGGAUGAAAAAGACGCUACUGCUCAUUACCGCCACCUGCUGGGCUGAGCAGGAAACCUACUAUUCUUCAAACACGGUAACUUGAGUCUGUUUUGAACAAAUCUUGAGAAAAGUGUUUAAAGGGUUUUCAAUAGAUAAACUUUUUUUUAUUUCCACAUUAUAUUUAGUAAUUGAGGACACGAAUACAAAGUAUGAGAGAAAAAUCAGCUCAUGAAUUUUACAACAUUUUUAUUACCAGACAUUGUAGUUAUUGAUCAUGCAUGCACAGUGUCAUAGGAUAAUAAUAAUAAUAAUAAUAAUAAUAAUAGCAGUAAUAGUAAUAGUAGUAGUAGUAAAAUAGUAGUAGUAAUAAUAAUACAUUUAUACUUAUAGCAUUUUUAAAAACAAAAGUCUACAAAGUGCUUUGACAAACAGUUGCAAAGCAUCAGCACAUGAAAAUAAAAACAAAUAAAAAAGAAAAGCUCAGUUAAAAACAAGGACUCUGAAUGGAAGGCCAAAUUCAUUUGUCAUAAGAAACCCAAACAAUACAAGAACCCUACAACAUAAAAUGAGACCAUGAGGACCAACGUACAAACAUACAAUAGGUAAGAAAAAGAAAUGUAAUUAAAAAAAAGGGGGGGGGGGGGGGGGGGUAGAAAGCAGGAAACGGGAUAGUUAAUAUAAAAAGAAGAUAUUAGCAAUGAUAACAAAAUCAUAAUGAAAUAAUAAUGAUGGUAAUAUCAAUGAUAAAGUGCAAUAACAAAAAUGAGCAGGAAAAAACAAUAAAAUCAAUAAAAGGCCUAAAAAGUUAAAUAAGAAAAGAUUAUAAGUAAAACAAAGGCUAAAAGGACAGUAAGUCAAAAUAAGAAAGAGGUAAAAGAUAUAAAGGAUAAAAGAAAAAAGAAAAAAGAUAAAAGAUGGCAUCACAUAAAAGCAAUGACAUUGUUUAACUAUUUUUAAACAAUAAAUUUGCUGCAAAUUCUUUCUUUUUCUGAAAGGUAUUGGUGCUUGAAGUAUGCAAACCUUGGCCAUCUUUGUCAAAGAUUUUGUGUCCUACAGAGAUUUUAUUUUUUCUGAACUCUUUACAAACUGAAUGAGAAGAUUAUGAUAAGUUUUCAGGAUUUGUUUAUUUGUCAUGUGCAUGUUAACUAAGGUCAACAGUGCAAUGAAAUGCCCUGGAUGAGAGGACCACUUGACUCAAAGGAGUACAGAUAAAAACACACAAUAAGUACUGAGAGGAAUACAAUAAAAUAAAGAUGCAAAAAAAAUAUUACAGACGAAUAAAAGUGUAAGAGAAAUAUUUACAAAGUGCAAUAUUUACAAAGGUGCUGAUUCUGAAUGUAUGAAAUGGAGGAUAAGUCAGUGGGAUAAAUGAGGUAUGAAAAUUGCCAUAUUGCACAUGAUAAUGGUGUACGAAUUGCUGUAUUGCACAUGGUAUUGCAUAUCACAGAUAGUUGCAAAUUACUACGACAUUUCUUUCCUAUUCUUACAAUUCUAGGGUUGUUUUAUAAUUGUACCUUAAGAUCUUCAUGACUUGAGCCUGAACUUAACCUAGACUGAGUAAAAGCACAAUUAAAUCUGCAGUUGAGGAAAAGGCUGAAGAAAUCUCCCUGCUCCUCUAAGUCACCGUGCUUCAAAGACUAAAACUCUUGGCUGACUUCCACUGUGUCAGCAAAGCGUUCUGUCUCUCCUCAUCAGACCACAGCUCAGAUAAUAAAACCUGUGUUGUUAGUGAGCAGGCAUGGCAACAACUUUGCGAGCUAACCUGUGUGUCACAGCAGGUUUAAAUAAAGUGCACCAAGCAGGUUUCAUUUCAUGUCUUCACUGCUUGACAUUAAAUGUUUAGGUUCAAAAGGUUGUGUUUGAUUAAAACUGACAUAAACCUAAACCCUGGAGUGCAUUUCUGCUGCUCUGUAGCAGCAAGUUAAAGAGUUCAACACUGGAGGUCAGCAGAAACAAAACUUUUACAUGGUGUUAAGUGACUUUUGAAAUAGAGAGACUGGGUGGAUUUUAUGAACAUGUGCACAAAGCAGAACCAAAGAACAGCUCAAACGUAGUUUAACUUUGCAUUUCAGUGCACAAAGAAUUAGAUUUUCUUUAUUCUAAACUGGAAACAGACCUCACUUGAGGUAAAUUGUAAAAGUUUAUAGGCAAACCUAUCAACUGGCCUGCUGGCAAUAGUCGGGCCAGUGAGAACACUGUGAAAUUGAGGUCCAGGUUUCUGACAGGACAAAGAAGUGUAAGUAGUGGACACAGGCCCUUAUGGAUGACAGUUUAAAACAUGAUAGAAGUGCGCUCUGUGGUCCAAUAUGUAUGAAUCCAUUAAUAAAGAUGUGGGAGUAGAAGUAAUUUCAAUAAUUUCAAAUCUUUUUACAAGGUAAAACCAUCUAACAUCACUUAUCAAAGCUUUUCUUUACGUUCACGAGUUUUGUUUUCACAGUACAAACAAACUUUUCCUCUUGGUAUCAUUAAUGUUGUAUGCAUGAUGUAGGCCACACUCAUCCUGAUGAAGCAUGUGACUUAGACUCUGGGUGCAGGGUUACAUGCUGCUUGAGUUUCAUGAAAGUAGAGACCUUGUCUGUCGGCACUCAUUGUUGCUGAACGGACUCUGGUGGGAUCACAAACAGCUAAUAAAUGUACGGAAACAACAAGGCAGUUCAAGGAGGUGUGAUGCAGGUAUGGUGUCAGUUAUAACCAGCUUGUACAUAUUUGUCCAAAUUUGAUGGACUUUAUCUUUGAUUAUUUAUUCAUUGUGUUUUUUCUGUCUCAUUUCCAGUGGUCUCUGUGCAGGCUGCGUACCCACCAGUGGUGCUUCCUCCUCUUCAAUGUCCUCCUCUUCCAUGCCUUGUUGUUUGGCGCAGACUUUGUGGAGGAGUACCUCCUGCAGCCCACACCCGGGGUCUACACCGAUGGCAUAGUUGUUGACAUACGAGAGAAAGCUAGGAAACUAGACCUGAGUAACGCCAGGGAGAAUGUGUCCCAGAACUACCCUAUCGCUAACCCUGACGCCUGCAGGAACUCAGAUCUCUUCCUCGUUGUUAUAGUCUUCAGUUCGACGGCGAAUAGCACGCAGCGAGAUGCAGUGAGGCGAACCUGGGCCAACCAAACAAAUGUCCAAGGCUUCCCUGUACGGAUACUCUUCUUCUUGGGAUCAACGCAAACAUUCGCCGCACAGGACGCCCUUAUGACAGAGUCUGACUACUAUGGUGACAUAGUGCAAAGUCAUGCUGUUGAAGACUCAUCCAUUCGCAGCCCAAGAGAAAAGACGGUUCUGGCUCUUCGUUGGGUGAUCGCUUUCUGUCCUGUCGCACGAUUUGUUCUCCUGACCAAAGAUUCUGCUUUCGUCAACCUCCCUGCCAUUGGGGGAUACCUUCUUGGGCUCCACAGGCACCCUGAGGAUCUCUAUCUUGGGAGAGUAAUCCAAAGAGAGUCUCCUGACAGGGACCCUAACAGUAUUGGGUACCUACCCCCAGGUCUCUACCCUGAAAAGUACCUCCCUGAAUACUGUGACGGCACGGCGUACAUUGUCUCCCAGGAUGUGGUGCGAAAAGUGUACAUAGCAUCGAGAGUAGUCCGUGCGCCUGUACCAGCAGAUGUUUUUGUGGGUCUUUGUGCCAAGAAAGCUGGAGUUGCACCCACCCACAGCGCAAGGUUUUCUGGGGAGAAACAUAUUCGCUACAAUGCCUGCUGCUACCACUACCUGUUCAGCUCGGCUGGGAUGGCAGGCAAAGAACUUGAGAGGGUGUGGGUAGACCUUGGACAGAAGGGUAGGAGAUGCUCCCUGUUGAAGACCUACUAUGGUCUAGUGAGCUGCAAGGCCUUAACAUACCUGGAUAAACUGUCCUUUUUUAACUCAAGCUAA